GCCAGAAUAACACUAAGCCUUGAAUCCUACAUAAAAUUAAUUCAACUAUUGGGUACGAAUCACUUCUCAGUACGAAAAGAGAAACAAAAUGGCCGCGCCCUUGCCUGUCAUAACAUUUUCAAGAAUUUUAAAUAAAAAUGUUCUUGGGUUCCUUCGCUGUGGAUGCCGCCAUGCCAGUGCGAGUGCAGUAUCCAGUAACAAAAAGUGGCAGCUUCACAGUGCUGUUUGCCUCCAGCGGUACCCGAGAGUCAUCAAGCCUCCAACAGACCUAGAGCAGAAAUACAAGGAGAUCAUGGGCAGGAUUGAGCUCCGCAAGAGUUUGCUUUCAGACUAUGAGCUGGAUCUAGUGGCAGAAAAGCAUAUGUUUGAGAAAAUGAAGACUAUGACUGAUGAUGAGAAAAAGAAACUUUUGGCAGAACGCAGUCUUCUUACCAUGGCAGAGCAACUGGAUGUCUGGACGAAAGAGCUUGACAACUUCAAGCUGGCUGACAAACUCACAGAUGCUGACAAAACGGGGGAUGAAACCACGGUGAACCAGAAGUUAGACGAGAAGCUGGUGUUGAUUGUUCGACAGAAUUGGCCUGGCAGUGAGACCAAGUGCUGGACGUUUCCACAGGGCUGUAGGAGAGAAGGCGAGUCAAUGAGAGAGGCAGCAGAGCGUACGUUGAUGACCUGCUGUGGUGAAGAUGUGGAUGCAAUGUUUGUGGGCAACGCCCCAUGCGGGUACUACCAGUACCAACUGCCCUUUCGGUGUAAGCCAGACUAUGGGGUGAAGACAUUUUUCUUCAAAGCAAAUUACACGGCAGGGGAAGUAAUGCCUACUGAUCUCAUUUCUGAAUGGAAGUGGGUCAGAUAUGAUGAGCUACCUUCAUACUUUCAAUCAACUUACCUUAGACGUGUGCGACAGUUCCUGAUCCCAUCUUGAUAUGUUGAAGUACAUAUUUAUAGGAGGGUACUAUAGGAUAACCACCAGCCUGUCUGUACGAAUUUAGAUCCUGUUAAGAACUUUAGCUUGGUUAAUGAAAUUGUGUAUGUUGACAGAUGGUUAUAUGGGGAAGAGGGCAUGUAUUUUAUUUUAGUUGUUGUUUUUGUCACACAAAUACCUGUAAUUACAGUUGUUUUUGUUGCCAAAACUAUUGAAAACUAGAAUCUGGAUCCUGCGAUAAAAUGCAUUUCACAAAUUUGUUUAGCCAAGUUGAUGAAACUUGUUAUCUAGAUAGAAGCCUUAUGGGGACUUAGCACAUUAAGUCUGUGUUUUUUGGUCAGACAUUGUUUUUUCUAUGGUUACAGAUGCUAUGGUGACAGAAAUAAUUGAAAACUAAAAUCUGGAUUCUGAGAUAACUUUAACAGUUCCUAAGGAAGAUUGAUAUAACUCGGUAUGUUGAUAGAGGGCCAAAUGGGUAAUCUCAUAUCAGUUUUGUCCAUCUGUCUGUCCUUCAAAAAAAUCUGGAUUCUGUGAUAACUCAGUAAGUACUUAAACUAAGUUAUAAAGCUCAGUAUGUAGAUAGAGGGCCAUAUGGGAAAUAUGCACUGUAUUUGAAUUUGUCCAUCUGUUGAUCUGUGCGUCAGAAAAGUCUGGAUCCAGUGAUAACUAAAGGACCAUAAGUUUGCUUGAUGAAAUUUUAUGUGGAUAGAUGGCCAUAACAUGCAUGUUCUCUCAGUUUUUUAGACUUUAAUAGUGGUUGCUGUAUUUACAGAAUUUUUAUGCCCCGGAUCGAAUGAUCGGGGGUAUAUUGUUUUUGGCCUGUCUGUCUGUCAUUGUAUGUGUCACAAAACUUUAACCUUGGUCAUAACUUUUGCAAUAUUGAUUAUAGCAACUUGAUAUUUGGCAUGCAUGUGUAUCUCAUGGAGCUGCACAUUUUAAGUUGUGAAAGGUCAAGGUCAUCCUUCAAGGUCAAAGGUAAAAUUAACAAAUUCAAAGGGGCACAUUAGGGGGCAUUGUGUUUCUGACAAACACAUCUCUUGUUUUAAAAUUAAAUCUGAUUCAAGGCAUAAAUUACAAGUACUUAAACCUGGUAAAUAAAACUUAGCGAAAUCCUAUGAUUACUUGGACAACAUUAGGGAUUGCUGUUUGUCAUAAAGCUUUUGUUAUGUAUAAUAAUAAAAUGUUGAAAACUGUA